AUGGCAGGCGGCAAUGCCGGUGCCGCCUCCGCCGCUCGUGUCCUGUUCUCCCUCCUCGGCCUGGUCCUGCCGCUGCUCGUGGCCGGCGACGACCCGUACCGGUUCUUCACGUGGACGGUGACCUACGGCGACAUCUACCCGCUGGGCGUCAAGCAGCAGGGGAUCCUGAUCAACAACCAGUUCCCGGGGCCGCAGAUCGAGGCCGUCACCAACGACAACCUCAUCAUCAACGUCUUCAACAAGCUCAACGAGCCGUUCCUCCUCUCCUGGAGCGGGCUCCAGCAACGGCGGAACUCGUUCGAGGACGGCGUGGCCGGCACGACGUGCCCGAUCCCGCCGGGCGCCAACUUCACCUACAUCAUGCAGGCCAAGGACCAGAUCGGCACCUACUACUACUUCCCCUCGCUGGCCUUCCACAAGGCCGCCGGCGGGUUCGGCGGCAUCCGCGUGCUCAGCCGCCCACAGAUCCCCGUCCCGUUCUCGCCGCCCGCCGCCGACUACACCGUCCUCAUCGGCGACUGGUACAAGGCCAACCACACCGACUUGAGGUACGUGCUUGACAGCGGAAAGGCGAUCGGGUUCCCUGACGGGCUGCUCAUCAACGGCCGGAGCUGGAAUGGCUACACCUUCACCGUUCAGCCCGGCCGGACGUACCGGUUCAGGAUCACCAACGUGGGCCUGGCAACCUCCCUGAACAUCCGGUUCCAGGGGCACACCAUGAAGCUGGUGGAGGUAGAAGGCUCCCACACCAUGCAGACCACCUACUCAUCCCUGGACGUGCACCUCGGCCAGUCCUACUCCGUGCUGCUCACCGCCGACCAGCCCGGCUUCGACUACGCCAUCGUCGUCUCCACGCGCUUCACCAGCAGGAUCAUCUCCACCACGGCCGUCCUGCACUACACUAACUCCGCCGGCAAGGCGCCGGGCUCCCUUCCCGGGGGCCCCACCAUCCAGAUCGACUGGUCACUCAACCAGGCCCGCUCUAUCAGGUGGAACCUGACGGCGAGCGGGCCGAGGCCCAACCCGCAGGGGUCGUACCACUACGGCCUGGUGCCGGUGACCCGGACCAUCCGGCUGGCCAACUCGGCGGCGGCCGUCAACCGGAAGCAGCGCUACGCGGUGAACAGCGUGUCGUACGUGAGCCCGGACACCCCGCUCAAGGUCGCCGACUACUACAAGAUCGGCGGCGUCUUCUCGGUGGGCACCAUCGCCGAGAGCCCGACCUACGGCGGCGCCUACCUGCAGACGUCGGUCAUGGGGGCCAACUACAGGGACUACGUCGAGAUCGUGUUCGAGAACAACGAGGACGAGGUUCAGUCGUGGCACAUUGACGGAUACGCCUUCUGGGUCGUCGGAAUGGAUGGAGGAAAAUGGUCAUCGGCAAGCAGGCAGGGCUACAACUUGAGAGACGGCGUGUCGCGGUACACUGUUCAGGUGUACCCCAGAUCAUGGACGGCGAUCUACAUGCCCCUAGACAACGUGGGCAUGUGGAACGUCCGAUCGGAGAACUGGGCCAGGCAGUACCUGGGGCAGCAGUUCUACCUCCGCGUCUGGACGCCGUCGACGUCGUUGCGCGACGAGUACCCGAUCCCCAAGAACGCGCUCCUGUGCGGCCGGGCGGCCGGUCGCCGGACCAGGCCGCUGUGA